UCAGCAGCCACAUGACGGGUGAACCAGGAAGCGCCAGCGGCUCCCUCCUUCCCUGCUGCCGCAGCAUCCUCGCCACGGCCUCCUCCGGUCCCCACUGCCACGGGGCUGGUGGCCGGGGACACCCCAGGGUUAUCUCCCACCUCCAAGGGGAUGCGAAGCUGAGGGCGGCCGCGGGGCUGUAGCUUUUGUCUCCUGGUCUAGCUCCUGCCCAGAGGGUCGCCGGGAGGAUGUAAAGCCCCCGGCCCCCCCAGCCUGGGCGAGACCCCAGCAAGGAAACCCCCCUGAAGGAUUUGAUUUUUUCUAGCAAGCAUCCUCCGUGAUAACGGCAGGGCUUGCCAGCUCUUCUCCGGCGUCUGUCCGGUUGCACGUCAGGGCGGGGAGGUUUGCAGGCAGCCGGGCAGGGACACAGGAUCGGGUCGGGGAGAAGCAGAAGCCAUGCUAGCCACCGAGGUGGCUGCGAUGGCAGCAGGGAGCUGGCCGUAGCAGGCUCUGAGCGCUGGGAGCAGGGGCCCCGUGCAAGGCACCAGCACCAUGUUCAGCCGGUCGGGAUACCAGGCUCUUCCCUUGGGAGACUUUGACCGCUUCCAGCAGUCCAGUAUUGGGCUCUACGGUGCCCAGAAGGGCGGCUUCUCCUUUGGAUCCAAGCAAGACCCUCUGGGGCCAGCCGGGAAUACCGCAGACUCCUCACAGGGUUGGCUGUCCUGGAUCUGCCACGGCAUUAUCACCUCCCUGGUCUUCUUGCUGAUGGUUGUCACCUUCCCCAUCUCAGGAUGGUUUGCCUUGAAGAUCGUGCCCACCUAUGAGCGCAUGAUCAUCUUCCGCCUGGGCCGCAUCCGGGCGCCGCAGGGACCCGGCGUGGUCCUGCUGCUGCCCUUCAUUGAUCACUGGCAGCGAGUGGAUCUGAGGACAAGGGCCUUCAAUGUGCCCCCCUGCAAGCUGACCUCCAAGGAUGGGGCAGUCAUCUCCAUGGGUGCUGACGUCCAAUUCCGGGUGUGGGACCCCGUGUUGUCCGUUAUGAUGGUGAAGGACCUCAUCGCGGCCACCCGGAUGACGGCGCAGAACGCCAUGACCAAGACCUUGGUGAAGAAGAGCCUCCGUGAGAUCCAGGUGGAGAAGCUGAGGAUUGGGGAGCAGCUGCUGCUGGAGAUAAAUGACAUGACCAAGUCCUGGGGCCUGGAGGUGGACCGGGUGGAGCUGAGCAUGGAGGCUGUGCUGCAGCCACCCCGGGAAAACCUGGUUGGCCCUCUGGCCACCGUGCCACCCGUGCCUGGGCUGGAGGGGCUGGAUGGCACCAUUCAGCAGCUGGCUGCCCAUUUCUUCAACAACACCCUGGCUCUGGCAGGCAGCGGGACCGGCACUCCGGAGGCAGCAGACAGCAUGGAGACGGUGAACGAGGUGGAGCCUCCCACCGCUCCCCUCCUCACUGCUACUGGCAGUGCCCGAAGGAAGCCCAGCAUGGACGAGCUGCUCUCGGCAGUGGAGCCUGUCCUCUCCGAGGCCCUCGUCGCCCAGGUGGGAGCAUCCUACCAGGUCAACAUCGCCCUGCCCAGCGGCGCCCGGAGCACCUACUUCAUAGACCUGUCCUCAGGCAGCGGGCGGGCUGGCCACGGCGUGCCCGAGGGCAGCCCCGACGUCAUUCUGGAGGUGGCAGAGAAAGACCUGCAGGACCUCUUCUUGGGUGACCUGCGCCCCUUGAGUGCCUACGUGAGCGGGAGGCUGCAGGUGAAAGGUGACCUGCACCUUGCCCUGAAGCUGGAGGAGCUCAUCAAGGCGAUGAAGCAACGUAGAUAGAGCAUGUGCGUGGGUGCGUGUCUGUGUGCAUGUGUCUUUGUAGGUGUGCAAAGGCGGGGGGACGUACAGGGGGGCUGCACGGUGGGGGCCUUGCCCCGCUGCAGCUCCUGCUGCCCUCCCCGUGGAGGCUGCAGGAGUUGGGUGAAGACCUGAGCACGGAAACUGAGGGUGAGGUCCACUGCCUGUCCUCGUCCUUGGCUUUACCUCCCCUGCCCAUCCUUCGCCUACAAUGUUACGGGAUGGGAACCAGUUGGCACCCCAGCAUGUGCCAGUUUGCUUCCAGGUCCUUUGGCCAAUAUGCCACCAGGGUACAGACCGAUGUCCUGGUGCCCCCACAAUGGGCUGCAUGGCCGGGCGUCUCCGACUGGAAGGGGCAUGAGCUGAGCAGUUUGGAUAGGGACACUGUGGCCAAGGACAGUAGUCAUGCGGUGGGGUGGGCAGCCGAAGCGGGGCACGAGGGCUGGCUGGACUAGACUGGGAUGCCACCGCUGGGCUGGAGUUGGGGUCCAGCGUGGCACUGCUAAUGGGAUACUGGCAUUUAUGGGGAAGGAGCAGAGGUGGCGAUUUGGGGAAUGACCUGCCUGGAGGUACCCGAGCCUUCCCGACGCAGAGGUUUGUAAUAAGUGAUUGCGCUAACUUGUGCUUCAAAGUGUUUUUGCAUGCGUGCUGUGAGGUCUGUCUGUGGGGGUGUGUGGACUGUAUAGAGGCAUAUAUAGAUAUUUAUUUAUUUUGUAAGCUUCCUUUCUAUCAACUCUCGAUGGACAAUAAACCUGGUCUGCAGCCUUA